GGACCAACCCGCCCCGAAAAGAAGGGCAGUCAGAAAGAAAAAAAACCAUGGCCACUCGUUCAUGCUGUACUCUUUGAGGUGUUGUCGGUGUGUUGUGGUGUUGUUGUUGUUGAUCAUGUGUUGAUCUGAUGUUGUUGAGAUGUCAAGUUGCAGCAGGCCAUCCCCGAAAAGAAGGGAGUCAGAAAGAGUCCAAAUGGACCAAACUUGCCCCGAAAAGAAGGGUAGUCAGAAAGAAAGAGAUCAUGGCCAUUCGUUUCAUGCUGUACUUGCUGAGGUGUUGUCGAUGUGUUGUGGUGUUGGUGUUGGAGCAGGAUGAUCAUGUGUUGAUCAGGCUUAGCGUUUGGACUGUGAGGUUGCUGUUGCCCAUGGAUGGUUUGGACUUGCGAUGGAGUGGAGGAUUGUGACUUGGUCUUUGGGGAGCCCGUCUGUCUGUCGGUGUGUCUGUGCCUGUGUGACUGUCUGUUUGUCUGUCUGUCUGUGGAGUCUGGGUGGUCUUGGGGCUGGGAUUUGGGAUGGUUGAUGGUUGUGAUGCUUGGGACUUGGUGUUGGUGUUGUGGUGUUGUGGUGUUGUGGUGUUGUGGUGUUGUGGUGUUGUGGUGUUGUGGUGUUGGUGUUGGUGUUGGUGUUGAUGGGAUGGAGGAUUCUUGGAUGGCUUUGAUGCCUUGGUUCAUGCCAUUAGCUAGUCUUGCCUUACGAGGCUCUUGGUGUUGAGGACAGACAGAUGUGGUGGCCCCUGUAGUUUGG